AUGUCGAAUCUCGGCACAAAGGUACACGAGAGAAUGGGUAAGAGAGAUACCUUCACUCUUUUCCCUAAGCUUCCCCCGCAGCUUCGACGGUACGUAUGGAUCCAGGCAUUGCCGAACGACUUAAAGACCGCACCGACCUUUCUGUUUCCGUAUAAGAAGGGCUGUUGGCGCCAUGAGAGUCUCACAGAAUUUGAUGACAACGAAAAUUAUGAACAUCACCGCCCCGUCCGCAGGUAUGAGUUCCGUACCGAACUUCUCGAUACCGCCCAAAUCAAGACCAGCAUCGCAUCAGUUAACCGUGAGUCCCGAGAGGUUGCGCAGACUUGGGUUCGACAACAGAGGAUCCCGCAAGCGGCAACAUGGGAUACGACAUCCUCAGCGAUCUUCCAUGCUUUUGACCCCAACCACGAUGCCCUAUUCAUCCCCCUGAUUCAGUGGGACGAGUUUCUCGACGAGUUGGACCAAGGAUUCGUCACUACACUGAGGGGCUGGGGACACCUUACUCACAGUGCCAACUCAAAGGUGAAGUACUUGGCUGUGACAGAUGACUUGCUGCUUUGUGAGUUUGAUAACGGCCGUUGGCUGCGGGAUAUGCUCCGCCCUUUCCCCAAGCUAGAGGCUUUGCUGGUUGUUGCCGGCCCAAUAGACUACAGUGGCGAAGUAAAGCCGCCACGAUACUAUGAAUUCAGCCAUGCACCAGAACUAUGUAAGUAUAAAUGGAACAACGGACGUUGGGAGCUGAACUGUGCGAGUGGUCAUUUUCUUGACGGCGAGGUACAAGAUGGGAUUAUCAAGCCCUUGCUUGAACACAUCAAGAAUGCUUUCGACAUACACCCCCGUGUCGUUCCGUUCAUCGAGGUUUGGAGUGUUGUCGCCGAGAAUAUCCUCUAA